UAUGUACAUUUGGUUUAGGAUUUGUACACAUUUUUAGAUUUAGAUCCCAAUUCUUUUAAAGAAUUGUAACCUCCCAGCCUGAUUAAAGAAGUAACACUCGUAUUCUCUCUUCAUAGUAGCUGAGAUUAGCUAGAUUGAAAUACUAAUUGGUGAAAUCUUGUAAAUAUUUUAAAGUAUAGGCUCAAUUAUGCAAAAUAUCCACUAGGCGAAUACCAAUAAAUAAAAAAUAAAAGAGGACUCCCAAAGCGCCGUUUGCAUUUUCGAAUUUGAAUCAUUCCUCUGAAAAUAUCGAAUCAUCUCCCAAAUGUCAGACGAGAAGGUAAUCAUCGAUCUCUGCAGCUCCGACGAGGAAGAAGACAAUUUCGCUGAUCAGAAUCGUUUCGAGGAAGAUCUUGACCUAACGGAAGAUGCAGAUACGAGUUCAAGUGAGGAAGAUAGCGAUUGGAGCCACGAUGAUGCUACCGACUCAGAUGUGGAGUACGACAUAGAUAACGAGACCGGCCAAAAAGGCCAUGCUGCUGCUGCUGCUGAUAAUGAUGAUGACAAAGUCACCCGCCUACUCACAGCUGGGAGCGAUUUGAUGAAAUCUCUAAAUGUAACUGAAUGCAAAGCGUACCUGAGAAAGCAUGGUCUCAGAUUAUCUGGCACAAAACCAGUUUUUGUUGAGAGGAUUCUUGAGCAUUGGAGGAUUAAAGAUGGGAGUGGAGAAUCACUUUAUCCAAUAUCUUCUUUUCCUAUCAACUGUAAAGGUGAUGUCUGCAAAGGAGACACUGUUUUGUUCACACAGAAGGUGAAAGGGAGUGGGAAGAUUAUGGGGAGGAGAACUGUCGCUGGCCAGGUUGUUAAAGAAAGCUACGGUACUGCUAAACAGCAACACACUUUCACUAUUGAAGUGCUUUGGUGCGAGGGGAUGCAGAAAUUGCCUCCCUUGUACCCUUUACUAGUGAAAGGACGGAAUCUUUAUAGGUUAAUGACCAUGAGGCAGCGUUGGGCUAAUGAAGACGACAGAGUUAAAGUUCUUUCUGAAAAGCAUAGCCGUGGUGCUGCAGCAAGAAAAGUUAUGAGAGAAAGGAAAAUAAAGUUAGGCUAUGUAAUGAAAGAUGGAAGACUUCAAAAGCCUGGUCAUGUGAAGAAGCCUUGUCAAGUAAAGACAAGAAAAAAUGAGAAUCAAACUCAGAGGUCUAGUCACUCACUUGUUGCUUCACAAGGGGGUCAUAAGAAUCCAACCCAGUUGAGGAAUAUGAAUCCCCCUUUCCACUCCCAUACAUAUGCUCCUCGACCCCACGGUCCUCCACCACGUGCUCCUCUUACAUAUGCUCCUCGUCCAUACGCUCCUUUUAGUGUCCCUCAGUCACAUCUUCCUCGGCCAUAUGCUCCUUUCAAUGCCCCCCACUCACAUCUUCCUCGUCCACAACAAAACCAAUCAAUCCAAAGACCACCACCGGCUUUCUUCAACGGAAGACCUACUUCUAAUCCUUUGCAGGGACAAGCAUCUUUCAACCCACAUGCUAUGCCUGUUACGCACCGGAGGAGGCCAUACCAGAACCAUGCAAGCUCGAACAAUGGCUACAGCUACGGGGUGAGGGACUUGGAUCACUUCUCGGAUAUGACGAUAAGCCACAGAAGACAAGGAAACUUAUACAGGCAGAGUGAGGCGCCUCACAGACCAUACAACAGCCAUCAUACCUACCAUUCAAACCUUAACAACCAUGGAGAAAGUCACAUGAUAAGAGAAGGAGACACACACAAGCAGAGUAGGGACACUUACAGACCAAAUCAUCGGUGGUAACACUCAUUGGUACUGUUCUUGUUUGCAAGUAAACUUGAAUUGAAUUUGCACCUUCCUUUUUUUUUUAAUUAAAUCUGGUUUCAAGGCCAUAAGGAACAGUCACUUCUUGGGUCUUCUCUGUAAUCCUGAAAGUUCCAUCGGAUCAUAAUUCUCUUGAUUGAUCGAUCAUGCCUUUCUCAAGCUUUUUUUUUUAAUAACUUCCAUUAAGUUAGCAUUUCAUAUGUAUGGUGCAUUUCAAGAAUAUUACUUUUACUAUGAGUUUUGCUCACUUUUUCU